CUCCUUCAAAUAAUCUUACUCGAUGAUGUAACCUACGCUAACUCUCCACGCAGCGCACACUACACACCUUUCGACCUUUCUCUAGCAGUUCUCCAAGUCAUCAUCACUACGCACGUCACAUACGCAGCUCGUGUAGUCCUAGGCAGUCUGUUGUUGCAGACUUUACCUGCAGCGUCGCACAAGAAGCACGGGUAUAGACGCAAAGGGCAUGGGUAUGAGUAGUUCUCGACUGUUCAUCUCAAUUUUUUCGAAAAUGACCUUUUAACUAUAUGUUCGAUGCAAUGGCAAAAACAGGAAGUCGAUCACUAUUGUAAUUGGCGAGAAAACGCCAGGCGACCCACUACUGGUUCUGACCUGUUACUUACUCAGCCACAGUCAAAUCUUGUGGAAAAUCAACCAACCCGGAAGUUUCUGCG